AUGGCAGAAGAAGCCAAGAGGAGCAGAUGGAGAGAAGAGAAUCUGCAAGACAUGCAGAGGGAAAUGUCAGCAUGGAGGGCAAGAUAUGAUGCACUCCGAGAACGAAACCUAUUCCUGGAAAAGGAGUUGGAGACGGGGGUGAGAGAGAACGAGGAGUUGCAGUCCCAACUGCAAAGUGUGGAGGUGGAAAAAGGACACCUGGAAGAACAGGUACGGUCCCUUGAAACCCACCUAGAAGCCAGCUCAGCUAGAGAGGCAGCAAUUAACGCAGAAAGAAAGCAGUCGCAGCUGCAAAGGCUGACCCUAAGGCAGCAGAUUCGGGCCUUGGAGGCAGCCAAUAAAACCUUACGAGCAGCAGGUAGUCAGACGGCUACAAAGGGCCAAGACUCUAGGGAGCUGGAGGGUCCAGAGGUGACAAGUACAGCAACCCAAACGGGAGCAGUGCAGGAGGACCUGGAAGGCUGGCAAGAGCGUUGCUUACAAGCGGAAUACCAGGUCAAAGAACUGCGAGAAAAGCUAAUAGAGAGCUAUGCCCAAGCAGAAAAAACAGGGAAAGCGAUAACAAAGGAAAUAGAGAAGGCCAGUCACGAGGCACUGCAAGAUCAGAAGCGGUCCCUCGAAAUGGAGGUAGAGGUUAAAACAAGGGAGUGUGUGGAGUUGCAGGCCCAGUGGUAA